AUGGCAUUAAUGGAGGAAACGCACGACAAGCGUUGUUCGGUAGAAGAUACAGAAAGUUUGUGGAAAACGUUAGUGGUUACAUUCACCGAUAUCGUAAAUGAUCAUGGAUCACAACUUGAAAAGAUACUGAACAUGAUUCGGACGGAUAUUACGUACGAUGAUCCCGGUCUUUUCCCGAGGACAUUGCUAACAGAUGUUGAACGACAGAAAUGUCGUGGGUUCAUUUAUUGGCUUAUGUACCAGCUGCUGCGAAUAGCGUCAUUGGAAACCUACGCAAGCAUAUCCGAAAGCUACACCAGUUUACAAAAGGAAAUAAUUAAAGCAUGUUUUAUUAAACAGCGGUGGUUGGGCCUCGAAAUAACUAGAGAAUUUAUUAAACUCUUGGAUCAAAUGAAUGAUUACCAACCUGGUUGCAGCAAAACGAUUGUUGCAUUUCACGAUGUAUUUAAUAAUGGGGCUGAACAUGGAAAUGAGUACCAGUCUGAAAAAAUAGAAAUCAACACCAUGGCACGCUGUCGUAUGAUUCGUAUGUAUUCUUUAUAUGCCAUAACUGAAUCUAUUACCAUGAUAAUUACCCAACAAGAUGAAGAAUCACUCCAAACUGUAAACGGUAGUAUAUGCACAAUUUUGAAAACGUUAUCGUUGGGCAAUCUACAAGAGAAACAUAUGUGCAUCACGUUUUUCCAUGGAUAUUUACACCACAAUAAUCAAGCGCAGUUUGAGCAAACAUGGACGCAAAAAGUAUGCACAGUUAUUACAGAGUUGCUGUACAAUAGCAAAUAUUACCAACAACUUGAUGAAACUGGAAUUAAUAAAUUGCAAUUCCAUAACAUGGAAUAUGAAAUGCUGCUGUUCCUGGAGAAGCUGAGCCCAUCGAUGGAUACUGGAAUUAAUUAUCCUGACUUAUUCAAAUGUGCUACGAGCGUAGAUUUUGAAGACAUCAUUGCGAAAAAGAUUAUUCAUCAAGUCACUAACGCACAAUGCAAUGCAAGCGAUCCAAGGGUUUCUACCCGAAAAAUAUCCGUCCGACUGGUGAGCAGCAUAUGGUGUGCACUGUUGGAAACAAUUGCACAAAACAGCAACCUAUUUGAACGUGCUUUGAGCCUAGCUAAUAAUGUUAGCAAUAAACUACGCACUCGCCAGAAAUCGUCUAACAAUGAUAAUAACAAUGAAUUCGAUGAUCAACAGUUGCUGUUUUUCGAUUCAGAACUAUCGCUUUUGGAUAAGGCGUUUGUUGUUGAAAAAUUCGGCGAAAGACAAGAGAGUCUGUUAAAUAUUGUCGUUGGUAUAAUUCACGUAAACGAUUGCCAAUUGCUUAGCACAAAUCAACAAAACACCUUACUCCAAAUUUUAUUUGCACCAUUCGAGAAAACUAUUCACAAAAACGAAAAGAACUCAAAACAACGAUGGAACCCACAUAUGAACGCCGAGCAUUGUCAUUAUGCACUGUUACAGCUAUGUAAAUUGCAAACCGAUAAUCUUCACGAUGAAGUAGUAAACAGUUGCAUAGUAGAACAAUUAACAUCGCUGUUGACUUUUAUCGCCAUGACGAAAGAUUGUUUUGUCGUAAAACGAACACUUCUACGUGAAUUUCAUCGGCUAGUAUUGUCAUCUAAACUUGAUUUGAAGGUAUUGUUUGAAAAUGUUUUUGUGCCACUAUUAUCAACGAACUAUGAUGAUACAGAAGCAUUAGUGGAUAUGCUCGGGGUAUGGAAAUUGCUUUGUUGCAUUCAUGCCGAUGGUAACUCAAAUUUUCGUGUAUACCGGACAUCACAAAGUCAACAUAUUUUCAAAUGUAACGAAUGUAACCAGCCUACAGAAUCUAUCACACGGGAUACACACUGCUACAUCAAAACAACCUCGAAGCAGUUGGAGUCACAAGGAAAAUCUAUCGACUUGGAAUCCCCUAUGCGAAUGGCACUACUGAAAACAACGAACACAAAUGAAGAUACGAUUUUAUUGGCGUGGGCCAAUUUCCUCCCGAGUGCAUUGAAACAUAUGUUCGUAUGCAUGAUGGACGAAGAGCUAAUAUCAUUUUGGAUGUGUCUAUUCAGAAGCAGCUCAACAAAAGUAUGUCAACAAAUCAGCAUUCACAUUCCAUCGAUAGUACAUUCUCUCACCGCCAAACUGAACAAUGAACCGGAACGAUAUGAAAAGAGUGUAACCGACUUGACUGAACAGUUAUUGUUGGCGACGAAACGUUGCAUAACUACGAAAACAACCUAUUCCCAUCAAAUGGCCGUAGCACGAAUGAUUAUCGAAUUUGCAGACGCUCAUCACCGCGCGACAAUAAAUAGCACAUGGAAUGAAUCUAAGGAAGUAUUGUUCCACUGCGUGCGAAUGAUGAUCUUUCUCUUGAUGCACCCAGAAUCGCAAAUAACAUACGAAGCUUCAAUUGCUAUUGCGGAAAUGUGCGCAAGACAAGAAAUAACUCCAUGGAAAAUCCUGUCAUGGUAUCGCCAUGAUAUCAUAAAACAAAUGAUGGGCAUUGCAGUUAGCAACUACAUUCUUGCAGGCAUUACUCUGCACCAAUCAAUAACUAAUGUAAGCCAUACAUUCGAAUGUAGAGAUUCGGUUGAUUUUGUUGGUAAACAUUACAAGAUAAUUAUGGCUAUGCUGUUACCUUGGUGUCUUCGAUUGCAACAAUGUGACGAUCUGUUGCGUGAAGUGGCCAUCAUCAUGCGGAAAGAUUUGAUGGCAAUGUUAUCAAUAUCGUUCUUGACGAUCUAUACGUACCUGUUCAUCAGUGAAUCUGUGGAAGUUACUAAAAAGUGCAUCGACUAUAUUAUGAAGCUUACCGGCAAUAGUUUCUUCCACUUGCUUCAUUCGGAUAUUAAGCGAACGGUAUCCGAAGUUUUGAUAUACUAUCAUAUCAACCCAGAAUGCGUUAUGCAUGCAUUUCGUAGUCUACUUUCGAAGGACAGCGACAUCGAUGAGGUAUCAACAGCACGAAUUGCAGAAUACAUUGCUGAAAGAUUUCUCGGUGUAUUAACAAACUUGGAGGCAACACUUGUUAAUCCCGAAGGAGAAAAGUUUCUGAAGCGUCUGGCGUUGCUUAGCCUUGGUGAUAUUAUACGUUUGCUAGGUGGGGAACAUGUAUCACCGUUUCGAUUCAAAAUCAUUGCUGUGCUGCGAACAACACUAGCGCUACCAGAAGCAAAGGUACUAACAAAGCUUUGCGUAAACACGUGGCGUAUUUUUAUAUGCACAGUAGAUGUGCGUCAGCUAGGUUCGCUUUUAAGUACAAUAUUUGUAACAUUGGAACCAUUGCUUCCUUCGUACCCCGAAGAUAUUGGAUACAUUUUUCGGUAUCUGGUUAUAGAAAACAAUAGUCUCCUGGGGAAUAAUCUCGGCGAUCUGUUCUUCCUGGAGGACACAAAAGUUACAGACGAUAUUAAACAAAUUAUUGCCUCACGUAUUGAGAAACACGAUAAAACUGACGAAGGCGAUCGGUUCGUACAUCGACUUGAGGAACUUAUUCGUCAUUGCAAUCACGAGAAUUUGAAGAUAAGAGCGUACGCUCUCGUUUACCUUUGUAGACUGUGCGAAAAAAGUCGUGCCGAGAUAAAUGAAGCAAUUCUUGGCCAGCAUCAAAAUAUGGGCCUAAGUACAAUAGCUACAAUGGUAGAUACGUUGAUACGUGGACUCUGUGAGCAAGACACGAUACUUCAACAAAGAGCUGCAGAAUGUUUGGGGGAGCUGGGAGCUCUUGCACCCAGUCAUUUACCACCAAAUUAUGCCCCAACGGGAUUAGGGUUCGCGUUGAGUAUUCAUUCGGAUAGUUUUGCCAACAUCGCGUUACGUGAGCUAUGCCGAGCAUAUCAACGACAAAAGGAUUCUAAAUUCGUUGACAGUUUUUCACUUGCUAUACAGGAAAUACUGAAUGAAAGAGGUGUUUCUCCGACAGCAGACAAAAAACGAGAAGUGUGGGAAACUAUCCCGGAACGGUUGCGCCCGAUAAUGGAACCACUAUUAACAUCCUGUUAUACUACAGUAUCACGAGUGUCAGUAACAGUGAUCCACCCCGUAUUUAACAAUGUUCAUUCGAGCCAUGAAUGGUGUUACCAAUGGGCGUCACAAUUGAUUGAAAACAUUACACGUGAAUCUACACGAAAUCUUCUUAGAGCGUUCAAGCCAAGCUUGCGCUGUGACAGAGGCACUCUUUUGAUGAUGCUACCAUAUGUACUACUUCAUUCACUACACCUUAGCAAUAGAAAUGAGUCAAGAAAUCGAAUAGCUGAAGAACUGCGUACAGUAUUUCUCGCAGUCAUAACGCAAGCAGAAAGUGUUCGCACUAUUUCUCCGAUGGAAGAUCGAAACGACUUAGAAGAUGCAGCUACCAGCACUGCAGGCGAAUCUAUUGUUUGCAUAACUCAGGAGCAGCAUGACACAUCGAGUAAGGAACUAGCAUUGCAAUGCGCCAAGUAUGCAUUUGGUUUGUUCGAUUUUCUCGAACGGUGGAAAAGACAGCAUCUGAAAGAAGUGAUAGCUAAAGGCGAGAACCUAGCAGAAAAUCAUCACAAUUACGAUUUAGUCGAUACUUUCCUGAAGAACUUUGAUAGCGAUCUACUGGCACAGGUGAAUUUCAAAAGCCAAGAAUAUGCACGAGCCCUGCAAUAUGUAGAGUACAGCCUAACCGGUGAAGAUAAGGGUAAAAAACUACAAGAUAAAUUAUCAUUCCUGAGUGAAAUUUUUUCACGUCUCGGCGAUACUGAUUCAGUAGAGGGUGUCAUGGCCUUGAAAGCAACCGAACCAACUCUUCAAGAGUUAAUUCUUUACCACAACGCCACUGGCCGGUUGCAAGAAGCAGUGGCAUGCUAUGAACGGUUGUUGCAGUUGACUAAUGUUGAAGAGCAAGCACCUAGUCUCGAUUAUGUGAACAGUAUGAUUGAGUGUUAUCUACGACUGGAUCAACCAGAAACAGCGUUAUUGCUAGCAGAAAGUUUACUUGUUCGAUUCCACGACACAGCUCUGCACAAGCCUCUGCUGGACAUACAAGCAGAACCACUGUACCGACUAGGAAGAUUUGAAGAGCUCGAGGAAUUGAUCGUACAAAGACAGGCAGAUCAGUUGAGUGGAGCAAUCGAUGGUGAGGAACGUCAUUGGGGAGUUAUAUGUGGUUCACUAAUAAUUGCAUUCCGGCAAACACACUACGAAAGAUUUAAAUCGGAAAUAGAACGUGCAAGGUUGCUUGUAGUACAAGGUAGCUGCAGUGAACGCAUCAGCUCUCGACCUUUCGAUGAACAGCUUGGUACAUAUGAAAGCCGUUAUGAUCAGGUGUUAAAGUUACACAUUAUUCAUGAGUUUGCCAAAUGUGGACGUAUUAUGCAGAAUGUACGUUCUAUACAAUACAAUACAGGCGAUGAUUGCAAUCUGGCAGCCAUUCUUUAUGAGGACGUUCAAAAACUUGUGGAUAAUCUGAACUCCAGGCUUGAGCUAUUACAACCAAAUGCAACCACAAUAGAACCUAUCAUUAGUCUGAGACGUAUACUGUUAAAAGAAAUAAGACAUACUAUAGAUGCGAUCAGUUGGAACGCAAACGAUAAUGAGAAUAGCAUAAAAGAACUCCGCCAGCUGAUAGAUCAGACAAUCGGAAAACUUUGGAUGAAAAGCACGGAACUUGCAUCGAGAGCUAAUAUGUAUCAGCAGGCACUUUUGUACAUUCUGCAUGCGGAAAGCUACCGUCCUCCUGAUCUUUUUAUAAAAAAUGCGAAACUGUUGUGGGACCGGCGUGAUAUGACAGGUGCGUUGAAAGUUCUUGAACGGGGAGUGAAUGAAAUACUCGGAGAUUCAGUUGCUUGUUCAACAGAUAUGAAUAAUCUAAAAAUGCUACCGAAAGAACUUCGUUUGAUAUACGCAGAAGGCAAACGGCUUAUUGCAUCAUAUAACGCAGAAGCUUCGAACAUAUCAGCAACUCUUAAUCGACGCUACUUCAAAGAAGCGUUAGAUGUAAACCCAGAAAGCGAAAUUGCAUUAGUGCAGUUAGGCCAGUAUGUCGAUAAAAUGUACAGUUCCAGCCCUGCAAGUGAGCAGAACUCGGCCAAUUGUUGGGAAAUGCUGUUUGAAGUAAUGAAAUGUUAUGGAAAAUCGAUGAUGUUUGGGUCGAGCUACAUUUAUCAAUCAAUGCCGCGAGUUUUAAGCAUCUGGCUCGAUUCCACCGCCAAGGCUAUGCAAAAAAUGGAAGAAGCUUCUAGCUCUGGUGCCAUUAUGAGUCGCAAGAUUGCACAGUCUAUGAAUAAGUUAGCUGCCAAAUUCAAAGACACAUUGUCGCCAUAUUUUUUCUUCACCGCUUUCUCCCAACUAAUAAGUAGAGUUGCCCACCCCUCUCAAGAGACGUUCCACGUGCUAAAGGGAAUUAUUGUUAAGUUGCUCCUGAACUAUCCUCAGCAAACGUUAUGGAUGAUGCUUAGUGUAUACAAAUCAUCUUACACAAACCGUGUGCGGCGAUGUGUAGAGAUAUUUAAUGAUCGUCAGUUACUUCAGGUGGAAAAUAUGCAAAAGUUGAUAAAAGAUUUCAAUGUGUUAGCUGAACGCCUUAUCGAGCUUACCAACAAAGAAAUCCCAGGACCUCCACGUGGCGUUCGAGGUAGUAAUACAAUGCAAAUCACAGUUUCUUCAUUAGUAAAAGCAAUGCCGAAACUGUUGGCUGAUAAAAACUUUUCCAGCGUGAUAAUUCCCAUUGAAAAGUGUAUGCAACUAGUGCUGAACAAAAAUACUGGAAUGAACUUUCAGCCGUAUCCUACGAAUGCAAUAUAUAUUGCGGGAAUUGAAGAGGAGUUGACAGUUUUAUUCUCUCUGCAAAAGCCUCGUAAAAUUGCACUUCGCGGACACAAUGGGAAACUAUAUACAAUGAUGCUUAAACCAAAGGAUGAUCUAAGAAAAGAUUUCCGAUUGAUGGAGUUCAAUGCUGUUGUUAAGCAAUACCUAGCGCAAGAUCCAGACGCUAAGUUCAGAAGGCUAUACAUACGCACAUAUGCAGUGUUGCCGUUGAACGAAGAGUGCGGCAUAAUAGAAUGGAUAUCGAACUUGAACUCAUUUCGUGGUAUAGUGUGUACGUAUUACAAACAGCGUGGAUUGGGAAUGACAGUGGCAGAGUUACGAAAAUUUGCUUUCGAACGUUCAGAUCCACUUGCAAAAAAACGACAAGCAUUUGAAUCCACACUGGUCCCUCGUCAUCCACCACUGUUUGGCGAAUGGUUUCGGGACUGUUUCCCAAAUCCUAAUAACUGGUUUCAAGCUCGUUCUUCGUACAUAAAAACUACGGCAGUUAUUUCGAUGGUCGGCUACAUUCUAGGACUAGGCGACCGACACGGCGAAAACAUUCUGUUUGACUCAACUAACGGCGAUACCGUGCAUGUGGAUUUUAAUUGUUUGUUCAAUCGUGGAGAAACUUUUACGAUCCCAGAGUUGGUACCUUUUCGCUUAACGCAUAAUAUGGUUCAUGCAAUGGGGCCGCUAGGAGUAGAAGGGCUGUAUCGUCGGUGUUGUGAAAUAGUAUUGAGAAUAUUACAAACCCACUCAUCAACCUUUAUGUCGGUAUUGAAGCCUUUUGUAUACGAUCCCAUGGUAUCAUGGAGUAAGAUUGGCAAUGGAGGGCAGGGCGAAUCGAACACUCGGGAUUGUUACCUAGAACGCACGGAUCCCCAAGCAAUGCAUAAUGUGUUGAACAUCGAAGAAAGACUUAAAGGAUAUGUGAAGAUAAAAGGUAAAUUAUCACACAUGCCACUGUCGAUUGAAGGGCAGGUAGAUCAUCUGAUCAAGGAAGCUACAGACAUAGACAAUCUCUCUCAAAUGUACAUUGGUUGGUCGGCAUAUACAUGAUGUAGGCAAAGGUUGGAA